AUGGGGCCCGCCCUCAUUGAAUAUGCUCAUCUGGGCAUUUAUGAGCCUUGAAUAUGAAGUGAGUCGAGUAGCCAUCUGUGGUUUCCGCGUUGGGCUCUAGGCCUCUCCUCAUUGGGCCUUGUGGAUCAGCCGGCCCAUUAACAGCGGAUCAUUGGCUAAACGCAUUACGCGUCUUGUCACGCAACGCAGCAGGGAUCACGCUGAUAGGCCGCCGGGCGCUGCUCUCGUUGUUCAGUGGGCCGAGCCGCGCUCGUGGUUCCCCUCCUUUGGGAGUAGAUUUUCCGUGUCGGAUACGCUCAAGUUAAGACCAAUGGUGGGGCGCCAGGUAAGAAAAUCCGCGGUCUGAGGCCUUAUCACGAGAAGCCGCCCCCCAAAAGAUUCCGUAUGCCAGGAGCCAAUCCACACGGUCCUUCUCUCCUGUUCUCCCCCGUUCGAGUUAUUCGCUCUGCUUCUUCUUUGCCGGCGGCGCCGCCGACGAGGACGACAAUGUGAGAGGGCGACUCUCCGCCUGGGCAGUGGGGAGCGAAGAGAAGAUAUCAUUCGCCGGGCAACGGCGGCGGAAGCCGGUGGCGGGCAUGGGCGCGACGGCGGAGGAUGGGGCGCACCAGGAAGAAGAGGAGAAACACAAAGGAGGCGGCGGCGGCGGCGAUCAUGAAGAUGGGGCACGCAGGAAAGAAGAGGGGAAGCGACCAGACGGAGGAGGGCCUACUGAGAUGGGAGAGGAGGAGGUGGUGGUGGUCGCCGUUGAUUCUUCUCCACUCACGAAGGCGAGAGUCUCUAAGUUGCAGGUUUCUCAUCCGGUCAGCUCUCUUCAGGUCGCCCCUCAAGGGCUCCCCGCCCAAGCGCGAUCGAUGGCCCCCAGCUUCCAGCCAACACCCAACUUGGUACCCCUCUCUCUCUCAAUCUCUCUCUUUCUAGCUGUCACUCGUAGCAACAGGUGACGGACGGAGGAGGAAGGGAACGGGGGAGAAACCCUGAAAAUAAUUUCGUCGUCGAUGGAAAGUUGAUCUUUUGUGGUUUCUGUGAUCCCCACCCAGAUGACCCCCACCAGCGGCGCCUCCCUCAACUCGAGGCGGUACACUAACCGGAUCUCCCUGUUCCUCUUCCUCCUGCACCUCCUCGCCGCCGGCGCCGCCAUCAGCUUCUUCAUCUUCAAGGCCGUGAUGGGUAUUGUGGAGGCCGAGGGCCCCCACCGCCGCCGAGAGCGCCACGUCCUCUCCUUCUGGCUUCCCCCGGUGGAGGGCGCCGCCGUGCUGAGCAUCCUCCUCGCCUUCGCCUGGCAGAAGGCCGUCCGCGCCUACCCUACCCUCCUCACCGUGCGCCUCAUUGUCUGGUCCAGCGCCGCCGCAACUCUCGCCGCCGGGAUCCUCCUCCUCUGCUUCUCUAUGCCGACCACCGAUGGCGCGGGGCUCGUCCUCAUCAUCUUCUCCGUGGGGGUGGGGCUGUACGCCUGUUGGGUCACGCGGCGAAUGCCCUUCGCCGCGCGCGUGCUGGCGCGGUCGCUGCAGCCGGCGGAGGCCAAGUUCCGCACGCUCAACCGGCCGUCGUACGCGAUGAUGCUCGCGGGGGCGGUGUGGAUUACGCUGUGGUGCUUCGCCGUGAUCGGCGCGCUCAACUUCUACUACCCCCCGCUGACCAUCCUGGCGCUGAUACUGAGCCUGAUGUGGACGGCGGAGGUGAUGAGGAACGUGGCCAACCUCACGAUGAGCCGCGCGGUGGCGCUCUACUACCUGCGGGGGAUGCAGUCGGACGUGAGCUACUGCUUCCAGCGGGCGGCCACAGUGAACCUCGGCGGCGCCUGCCUUGGCUCCCUCUUCGUGCCGGCCAUUGAGUUCUGCCGCAUCAUCGCCCGCGCCCUCAACCUCCUCGAAGGGGAGGAUGAGUUCCUCUUCUCCUGCGCCCACUGCUGCCUCCACGUCAUGGAGGCCGUCUUCCGCUACGGCAACAGCUGGGCCUACGUUCACGUACACCCACCCUCCUCCCUUUUUCCGUUUUCCUCCUCGUCGGAGCUCUGCUAUGGUAACGGAGAGAAGGGCACUGGUGCCGUGGGCAGAUCGCGGCGUACGGGAGUGGGUUCGUGGAGGCGUCGCAGAGCACGUGGGGGCUGUUCGAGAGGAGCAGGAUGGAGGCCUUGGUGGACGCCGACAUAACCAGCGCCAUCUGUUUCCUCACGGGGGUCGCCAGCGGGUCCCUCUGCGUCAUCUUCGCCGCCUCAUGGACCUACUCCGGCCACCGCCACUACACCGCCACCGUCUCCCUCCUCGCCUUCUUCGUCGGCUACCUCAUGGUAUCAUCCAUCUCCAUUCCUUUCCUUUUUGUUUCUUUCUCUCCUUCGUCGACUGGGUGACGAAAGCUCCCGCUGCUUCUGCUCGCCGGCGUCUGCAACAGACGCGCAUCGGGAUGGCGCUGCCGCAGGCCUGCGUGGGGUGCUACUACGUCUGCUACGCGGAGAAUCCCACGUCGAGGUUCUUCCUCAACGACUCCACCAUCGCCGACCGCCUCGACCAGAUCCGCAACGGCAGGGAGGCAACCGGAUUCACUCCCCGCCUCCCCCGCCGCUACACCCCCAGCGUCUGA